AUGGAGAUGCAUCCCAACAACUGGCAAGGUUGGUCCUUUUUCUUCUAUCUCUGCAUGUGUGGGGCAAUAUGUGAGUCCUUCCAUUACUCAGUGCCUGAGGAAAAGAAGAGCGGGUCUCUGGUGGCAAAUGUGCUAAAGGAUUUGAAAGUGGAUGUGAAGGAGCUCUCUGCUCGCAGGGCUCAGCUGGUUUCUGAAGGCACCAGGCAAUAUUUCCAGUUGGACCUUCAUUCUGGGAAUGUGCUAUUAGAUGAUAGACUAGACAGAGAAGCUCUGUGUGGCCACAAGGAUCCUUGCAUCGUACUCUCUGAAAUUGUGCUUGAAAACCCACUGCAAGUCCACAGAAUUGAAGUUCAAAUAGAGGAUGUGAAUGACAAUUCCCCCAAAUUCUCUAAAAAGGAAUAUCUUUUUCAAAUACCUGAGCACACUGCAACAAAUACCAAGUUCCCUAUAGAGAGUGCUGAAGAUUCAGACAGAGGUGAAAACGCUGUUCAGAAUUACACACUUAGUCCAGAUGACCAUUUUCAACUGGAUGUGCAAAGCCACAGUGAUGGAACCAGAUCUGCAGAGUUAGUAUUGAAGAAGCAGUUAGACCGGGAAGAGGAAAGACGUCUUUCCCUGACUCUGUUGGCCGUUGAUGGAGGAAUCCCACAGAGAACAGGCACGGCACAAAUUAUCAUUGAAGUUUUGGAUUCAAAUGAUAAUGCUCCUCAUUUCGAUAAAAACGUAUACAGAGUUAAACUCACGGAAAACAGUCCACUAGGCUCAUUUGUAACAAAAGUGGAAGCAACGGACCGAGAUUUUGGUUCCAAUGCAGAGAUCAGUUACUCUUUCAGCCAGGUGCCAGAUGAUGUACAAAGAGUAUUCAACUUAAACAAACAUACUGGGGAACUUACUGUAGCAGAGAACGUUGAUUAUGAAAUAAACCAAAAUUAUGCAGUAAACAUCAAAGCCACGGACGGAGGGGGACUCUCUGCUUACUGCAAAGUCAUAGUGGAGAUUGAGGACAGAAAUGACAAUGCCCCAGAGGUGACCCUCACAUCCCUCACCAGCCCCUUACCAGAAGACUCUCCCCUGGAUACGGUGUUGGCCCUCUUCCGUGUCAUGGAUAAGGACUCUGGAGACAAUGGCAGAACUGCCUGCACCACUGAACCAAACUUUCCCUUCAUGUUAACAGCCUCUGUGAAUAAUUAUUACCAGUUGGUGACCCAGCAACCCUUAGACAGAGAAAAAGUCUCAGAGUACAACAUCACCAUCAUAGCCACGGACUGGGGCUCACCGAGGCUAACUUCAAUGAGAAUAAUUAAUAUUCAGAUCUCAGAUGUCAAUGACAACUCUCCAGUAUUUGAAAAGUCAUUUUAUAAUAUGCAGUUAGGGGAAAAUAAUAUUCCAGGUCUGAUGAUUGGCUUGAUCCAAGCCAAGGAUCUGGACACGGAGCAGAAUGCCAAAGUGACCUAUUCUGUUUUGCCUGGGAAGGUCAUUGAUCAACCUGUGUCCUCUUAUGUCUCCAUCAACUCUGAAACUGGGAAUCUCUAUGCUAUCCAAUCUCUGGACUAUGAGCAGGUGAAAGAUUUCCAAGUGAUUGUGAGGGCUGUGGACAAUGGGUCUCCACCCCUGAGUUCCCAAGUUAUUGUCCAACUUCUUAUUAUAGAUGAAAAUGAUAAUGCCCCAUUUAUCCUGUAUCCUCUUCAGAAUGGCACCUCCCCAUCCAAUGACCUGGUUCCGAGGGGGGCAGAGGCUGGCUACCUGGUCACCAAGGUGGUGGCAGUGGACAGAGAUUCCGGUCAGAACUCGUGGCUUUCCUAUGCGCUCCUGAAGGCCACAGAACCGGGUCUGUUCAGUGUGGGGGGCCAGAAUGGAGAAGUGAAAACCAUGAGGCCCAUUAACAAACGAGACACUUUCAAACAGAAACUUAUCAUUGGAGUCAGAGAUAAUGGGCAUCCUCCCCAGUCCACCUCUGCAACACUAAGUAUUCUGCUAGUGGAUGGCUUUUCUGACCCUUAUAUGAAAAUGGUGGAUAUCCCAAAGGAUGAAGUGGUGGAGGGGGAAGACCGUACCCUGACGAUGUAUCUGGUUAUAUGCUUGGCUGCCAUCUCCUUCAUUUUUCUGGUUUCUGUGUUGGUGUUUGUUGCCAUCAAGAUUCAGAAAAGGAGGAAGUUCGUAGAGAGCUCCGCCCUGAAUUUCCCAGUGGGACCGAAUUUCCCUGAGAACUGUGGAGAUGCUGAUGCUGGGUCACUCUCCCGGGCUUACAACUAUGAGGUGUGCUUAGCUGGAGGGUCUCUGAACAGCGAGUUCAGGUUUCUCAGGCCUCUCUUUCCUGUGUUUUCUGUGGAGCCUGCUCAGUCCCAGGGGGCUCCAAGGAGUUCAGCAGUUUCCCAAGAUCUUCCCAGUCAUGAAGCAGAAAGUCGGCUUGGGAGUCAGCUCCAUUUAAUUGGAAACUGGAGCCAGUACAGAAAGCAAGUGGUUAAGGAACAGAUUCAUCAACCACCAUUGAGUAGUAUAAAGCACAUGGUGGUGCUGUUGGACAGCAAAGCAAAUAUUGUUGAAGACUAUAAACGCUCUUUGCAAAAGCUGUGGCCAUUAGACAAAGCAGUAUCAAGGAAAUAG